AUGUCCACCACGAGCUCCAACGAGUUGAAGCAACGCUGUGACUCCCGCGAGAUAUACAGCGAAAGUAGACUCGCGGAGAACCUACCCCACUCUCUAACCACUCCCACCUCGGGACCCGGUUAUCAAGACAAAGUCAAGCAGGCCGGAAAUGGGGGUGCAGUGAUAUACACAGAUGCGCCCCCUCAGUCCCCCUCAAUGCGAAGUGAGAGCGCCUCUAAGACCCACUGCAGCCCCUCUGCAGCCCUCAACAUGCUCGCUUCCACAGACUGGGAAGAGAAGGUCAACGGGUUGACUGCCCUCUCGGACCUGGUCACACAGAACCCUGCUGCAUUCACCUCGCCUUCGGAGUCCAUUUCGCAGGUCGUGAUUGCGGUCACUGCGGAGUGCCGAAAUCUGCGCUCUCAGGUUUGUCAUUAA